GCCAACAAAGAAGCACCUACCGCAUUUCCACCGCCCUAAUUGCUCAAAAACACGGUCAAAACAAAAUCAAAAGAAAACACAAAUCGUCUGACCAAUUCUUCAUUACCCUUUCUUGUUUUUCUUCUUUUAAAGAGUGUUUGAUGGAUAUUUGGUUACCAGAAGACCUUGCUGUCCUUCUCAUCUGCGUCUGCUUCACUCUAUAGACCUUUCUUUUGUUCAACAAACUUUUCUACUUGAUAUAAUAUUGAAAAAAAGAAAAAACAACCCAGAGUUUUAAAUUCUACUUUUAUUGUUGAUAGUAGGUUAAAUUUGAUUUAAAAUUUAAAGGGAAGGGGAAUAAUGGAUUAUUUUGAGCUUUCUGCAAGCUCCUCUUACCAAGAUUACCUUAAGGUUCUUGAAGCUGACAUUCAACAUGCCAAUGUGUUAGCGGCUUCUAUUCCAAGAGCUAAGGGAGAUGGAUGUCUUCAAAUGAAACUUGUUUACAAUCACCUGGCACCCAUUUUCUUGUUUUUUCUUCAAUGGUUGGAUUGCUCAUGUUCAUGUCUACUUUCAAGUUAUGUAAACCUAUUUCACAUUGUUGUUUAUCAGGUAUGCUCAGAUGGCAGGCCAAGUAUUUCUUCAUGUAGAAGGAAAGCGACCAUAAGGGAGUUCUAUUCUGUUAUAUUACCAUCUCUUCAGCAUCUUCAUGGUGAUCUCUCAGAGCUUGAUGCAACGUCAGAGGAAGAUUACUGCUUUGAGAUGGUUGUCAAGAAGAAAGUAGACGAUAAGAGGAAAGCAUCAGAUACGGAGUUGGAGAGAGAAGAUGAAUGUGGAAUCUGUCUGGAGCCAUGCAACAAAAUAGUUUUGCCAAAUUGCUGCCAUGCAAUGUGUAUCAAUUGCUAUCGUGACUGGAGUUUAAAAUCAGAAUCAUGUCCAUUUUGUCGGGGAAGUCUAAAAAGAGUAACCUCCGGGGACUUGUGGGUUCUUACAUGCUGUAACGAUGUGGUUGAAACCCAAACUGUGGUAAAGGAGGAUAUAUUGCGCUUCCAUUUGUAUAUAAACCGGCUGCCUAAGGAUUUGCCGGAUGCCUUGUUCUUAAUGUAUUACGAGUAUUUAAUCUAAUCUACCAGGAGAGAAUUCUGAUGUACAGAAAAGAAAUUGCCAAAUGCUGGAUGUGCAUAUAUUCCUGUGAGACUUUACCAUCGAGAAUUUCAGUGCCACUAUGUUUUUUGCAAAAUAAUGUAUAUGAUCAUGUAAGAUCCACAAUUAUCAAUAUAUUAGCUAACUCGGUGAUAUUCCCAGCCUUAAACACUUAAUUGGAAAAUUGUUGGUGGCUUGUUAUCAUUUUUAAGCCUGAGUUUCCAUUAAUAGUUGACUUCUUGCUUAUGAGCAUUUAGACUUAGGAGAGGUUCAAGCUUUUCUGCACUUAUUUCAGUAGAAUUAUUAAAGUACAAGCUUCUGCAUAUGCCAGUUUAUUGUAGCUUUGUUGUUUCGUUUACAAUUUUCAACUGUGAAAAGAAAAUAAUUUCCUUCCACCUUUUGACGUUAGCCAUCAAGCUUGAUUAUAAACAUGUGGUCUAUCCCAUGCCACAGCUUGGAAAGUGCAGAAAGGGCCACUUGUUUUGUUCUAUUAUUAAUGCUUGAAUCUUAAGACAUGGCCACUGCUAAAGCAUAUCAGUUUGGGGUUGGGUUUCAUCUUGUUAUUGUUCAGUAAGCUCCUGGGAGGUUAUUACUUCUUAGAACUUCCACAUUCUUGCUUUUAAUUCAUUAGUUGCUUCAUGUCCUUCAGCUCCAAAUUUGCUGCUUAUUUGCCAAGUUUUCUAACUCUUAAGAACUUCUCUCAUGAGCCCCCUGUAUCAAAUCCAUAAUUGACUGUGGAAGUCAUUGCCUCGAGCAAUUAAACCAUUCAAUCGAUGCCAUUGAAGCAAUAACCAGCUGCUUCAUAAAGAAUCAACCAGUUAAGAAUAUGCUUAUGAGAGCCAGAGGGACUUUUAAAUUCUUCCUGUUGUAAAGAAUUUUGCAGAACUAAUUCAUUUCCUCAAUGUAGAAUGAAAAACGUACAUAUAUGUAGCAGCUGUAGCAAAAUGUACAGAUUUAUGCAAGGGCUCUUAAAUGUAGUAGUAACUGGGAAAGUUAAUGUCACAUGCUGCAAGCUGGUCGCAGCUCCAAAUUUAAGGAGGAUUAAGAAACUAGCAUUGCUUGAAUGUGACCCAGCUCUGUGUAUUUUGAAAUGCAAAGGAGCAUGGAAAUUGGUGCAGGAAAUAACUGCCAGGAAUACACCCACAAUUAAGGAUCUUCUUUAAUAUACUUCAUACAACUAGCAGUUCCUUAAUGGUUAAUAGAAAAGUGACUUGAUCAAAACUCUACUUGUAGUAUUAUGAUUUAUUACCAAACUUUACUUUUGCUUCAUAAUAGGCGGCUGCAAGCUGCUAGCGGGUCACUUGGCUGCAUAUCCAAUCACUUUAGAGCCAAUUUAAUGGCAAAUUGCCCGUGUCUCUCUUUUUUCUGGUGAUGUUUAGGUAAAUUAAAGGCAAUUUUAUUGGGUAGGAACAAGAAAAGAAGCAAAAGGUUUUAUUGUUCUAUCUGAUUUUUUAUUUAACAUGCUAAGUCUGUUCCUGGUAUCAAUGUAUUUGGUUCAGUGAGAAUCAGGAAAUAUGCAGCUUCUGUUACAACACAUUACAAACCCAUUAAGAACCAGUUCUUCAUGAUUCUGGCUGAUUAUAGAAAGGGGAAAAUGUCAGUGAAAAUACCACAAUUGGCCAUUGCUAAUGAAAUCCAGAAGCAUUGUUGAUGCUAAGUUUCUGCUUAGAUAGUUUAACAGAUGUGAAGCAUGUACAUUCAUUCUACCGAGACAUGCAAUUGGCUUUCUGUGAUUAAAACACCAGCACAUUAUUGUUAUAGCCACUCUGAACAAGUUUUGCUUGAAUGAAAACCUUAAAAAAGUUUCAUAUUAUGUUUUGAAUGGCCACUGCACGGUUUCCAAAAAUUGCAGUCCAAUUCAUUGUUUCUGUCUGUAUUUUCAGACAAAGCAUUAUAUAUAUUUCACCCUCAUUUCCAUUAAAUUGUCACUGAAAGAGUUGGACUCCGGGAAAAUUUGCUGAGCUUAUUUGAAGUUUUAUGCUUCAAUCA